AACAAAUCCUUCUACACCAUCUAACCACCACCAAUCCACUACACCACACCAUACCAUCACAAUGCGCUAACACCCCAACAACAAUCGCAGUCCUCACCAUGUCACUGCCCACAUCCACCACCCCCAAUGGCGCCCCCGCGCCCGCAGACCCAAGCGCAUCAUCAAACGCCGCCGCCGCCGCGACCAGCAGCACCCCCAACAUGGACGAGAAACCCUCCUCACCACCACUCGAAUCCGCACCCCAAGCGCAACCUUCCGAACCCAUCCUCCACCCCACCUCUCACAAGCUCACCCAAUUCUACACCAUCUCCUACCUAAUCUUUUUCGCCAUCUUCGGCACUCUCGCCCGUCUCGGUCUGCAAGCCCUAACCUUCUACCCGGGUGCCCCCAUAGUCACCGGCGUCCUCUGGGCUAAUGUCGGCGGCUCCCUGCUGAUGGGGUUUUUCCAGGAGGAUCGGAGACUAUUUCGCGAGGAGUGGGGUACGCCCAAUAACAAUAACAACAACAAUACAAGUGAUGCCGCCGAGCAGGCAAAACAGCAUAAAACCAUCAAGAAAACCAUCCCGCUGUAUAUCGGUCUCACGACAGGGUUCUGCGGGUGUUUUACAUCCUUCUCGUCGUUUAUUCGCGAUGUGUUUCUCGCGUUGACGAAUGAUUUGCCCAAUUCUUCCUCCGAGGGACAUAUUGUGUCGAGGAAUGGGGGGUAUAGUUUCAUGGCUCUGGUGGCUGUUAUUCUUAGUACUGUUUCGCUGAGCUUAUGUGCUUUGUUGUUCGGGACGCAUCUUGCUGCCGCGCUGGAUGGGGUCACUCCUACGGUUCCGUUCCGGUUCACGAGACGGGUUUUGGAUCCCGUUAUGGCGGUGUUGGGUUGGGGGUGUUGGCUCGGCGCGGUGUUUUUGGCGAUCUGGCCGCCGGAUCGACAUGAUGCGAAGGGGAUGGAGGUAUGGCGUGGCCGGGCGGUGUUUGCGAUUGUGUUUGCCCCGUUGGGGUGUUUUCUGCGGUUUUAUGUGUCUUUGUUGCUCAAUGCGAGGCUGCCGAGUUUCCCGUUGGGCACUUUUGCGGUGAAUGUCUUUGGGACGGUGGUGUUGGCUAUGUGUUUUGAUUUGCAGCAUGUCGCGGGGAUUGGUGGUGGUGUGUUGACCGCGUGUCAGGUCUUGCAGGGGGUUAUGGAUGGGUUUUGUGGGUCGGCGACGACUAUUAGUACUUGGGUCGCGGAGUUGAGUGCCCUUGGGGCUGUGGGAGGGAGGAAGAGAUGGGCGGCGUAUGUUUACGGAGUGGUUAGUGUGGGUGUUGCGUUGGGGUUUGUGGUUGUUAUUGUGGGUUCGUUGGGGUGGACGAGGGGGUUUGAUGGGCCGGUUUGUGGUUAGAUGUGUAGGUGUAGGUUGUAGUGUAUAUAAUAUCAUAGUAUAAUGUAGUA